AUGGCUCCGCCGUCUGAUGGACAUGAGAGGCACGGGGACCACACCCCGCACACAUGGCCACGGCGGCCAUGGGCUGGCUCUGGCCAGCCUGGCGCACAGGGCCUCCGAUGGACGGUGUCUUUUCCAAGGACAAGGCUAGCUCACCCAUCAGCAUCAGGUCCAACCCAGCACUGCUUUGAGGAGCCAAGGGGCUUGAUGCGGAAUAGACUCACCCAUGGGGCAUAA